AUGACGCUGCAGCUAGAAGCACCCAGCGUUAGCAUACAGGCUAAAUGUGUAAACCCGGUUAAUUGGCACUUUUAAACUUCAUUUUUCAUCGCGUUUGCGAUUAUUUCGAUCGUUAAUAUGAGAACACGGAGAAACGACAACACGUAUUGAGUCUACAAACUGUCGUGUCAAGAUUUAAUUAUUUAUUUUUUAUUUCUUUCUGGCGUGGACAUCCCAACUGACUGGAGGAAACCCAACUGGUGAGCGCGGCUGCUUGGAGGUCCAGCAUCAGCCUGUAGUGGGAUGGAUCCUCUGGGUGCUCGCUCCCAGUUCAUGGACAUCCAGACUCUCCCCACGUGGCAGCAGCAGCUGGAUGAGGAUGGCAAGGAGACACCGCUGGACCAGAGCGACAGCCUGCUAAACCAGCAGGCCUUCCCCUCGCCUUUCCCCUUCAGACCAAAUAUCAACCGCAAGAUCAUCCUCUUCUGUGGGGACAUCGCCCUGCUGAACUGCACCGCCAUCGUGAACACCAGCAACGAGUCACUGAGCGACAAAAACCCAGUGUCUGACAGCAUCCAUCAGCUGGCCGGGCCCGAGCUGCGAGACGAGCUGCUCAAACUCAAAGGAUGUCGGACGGGAGAGGUGAAGCUGACGAAAGGUUUCAACCUGGCAGCGAGGUUCAUCAUCCACACAGUGGGACCAAAGUACAAAGCCAAAUACAGGACGGCGGCAGAGAGCUCGCUGUACAGCUGCUAUAGGAACACCAUGCAACUGGCUGCAGAGCAGUCGAUGGCAUCUGUUGGCUUCUGUGUGGUGAACACGACCAAAAGAGGUUACCCACUGGAGGACGCUACACACAUUGCUUUCAGGACGGUGCGCAGGUUCCUGGAGAAUCAUGGAAACUGCCUGGAGACAGUGGUGUUUGCAGUGUCAGAGACAGAAGAGCCGGUGUACAAGAAGUUACUACCUCUGUACUACCCUCGCUCUGAGGAAGAGGAGAGGGCCUGCCUGCCUCUCAUCCCAGCUGACAUCGGCAACUCUGAGGGUGAACCUGUCGUCCCGGAGAGACAGAUUCGCAUCACAGAGAAACCAGGAACCCUGGAAGAUGACUCUGAGGAGGAGAGUCUGGAUUUAGAUCUGGGCCAGGUGGGAAAUCACGCUUUUGCCCGGAUGGAGGGUGAUGUGGACAAACAGCGGAAACAGAUCCUGCAGGGCCAGAUGUCAGAGGCGGCCAUCCAGAAACAACACCAGAGAAAUUACAAUCGCUGGCUGUGUCGAGCGAGAGCGGAGGACCUGUCAGACAUCGCUGCACUGAAAGCCUUAUAUCAAACUGGUGUGGACAUGUGUGGCAGGACAGUGAUGGUUUUGGUUGGACGAAACAUUCCAGUGACUCUCAUUGACAUUGAAAAGGCGCUGCUGUAUUUCAUCCACGUGAUGGACCACAUUACAGUGAAGGAAUAUGUGAUGGUUUACUUCCACACGCUGACCGGCGAGCACAACCACCUGGACUCCGACUUCCUCAAGAACCUCUACGACAUCGUCGACGCCAAGUUUAAAAAGAAUCUAAAGGCCUUCUACUUUGUACAUCCAACAUUUCGCUCUAAGGUCUCAACAUGGUUCUUCACCACCUUCAGCGUGUCAGGGAUGAAGGACAAGGUUCGCUACCUGGACAACCUACAGCAGCUCUUCACCUGCAUCAAACCUGAGCAGAUAGACAUCCCUCCGUUUGUCCUGGAGUACGACUCACGGGUGAACGGACCGUACCAUCCCUCCAACUCCUCCGGUCUGUGACAGCAGGCCGAUCAGCCCUCCCUGCCGUGGUGACGAGGUGGUGUCAGCCUGUCAAGUGGAAGCCAUUUAUGGACAUCAUGUUGUCCGUGUGGUCUGAGCUCCUAACCUCACUCCUAAGGUUUUGAGCCGUAGUGGGGAAACUCUCCUUUUGUUUAGUCGCUGCCAGAAGGACAAAAUUAACAGUGUCGGCCCACAUUUAGCAGCAUGUGGCCUGGUGAGCGGUCAUUCUCUCUCACCACAGACUAUUUGUGGAACUGGUAAUGGUUUCUGGAUUAUGCCUUACACCAAGAAUUCUUAUUCAGCAGUUUCCUCAAGCAUCCCUAAAUAUGAAGUUUCAUGUCAAGCCCGACAGUUUGCUCAAAGCGUUUUCCAGCGUGUGGUCGUAUCAGACGUCCUCGCCCAAGUCUCAAGAAUUAUUGUCGGACUUUUAAAAUGCUGGAGAAGAUGACGUCUGUCUGGAUUUCCACACCGUCUCAUUCUGUGCCCGACAGACGCUGGACAGCAGACGCUCUGGGUGAAGUAAAGACUCAGUUUCACUCAGGCAGACGCUGGAAAUUCCCACCCGGCACAUUGUAAUAACCUCUGUGUUCUCCUGCGGUCACAAUCAGAGAAACCUCCUAUCAAUCCAGCUAAGAUACGUAACAUAAACUUUACAUCACAGAGUUAUGUUUGUCCAUUUUGCAAUUUAAAGGAGCAGUUUGACAUUUUGGAAAAUAUGCUUAUUUGCUUUCUUGCCUGGAGUUAAAUGAGAAGUUGAUACCACUCUUACAUUUCCACGCUAAAUAUUUAAGUACAGCCAAAAGAGUGGUGACUACCUGCACAACGGCAACCUUUCGUCAGACAGUCCGUUCUGAUGAGGGAGCCAUUAACGUCUUAAGUUUGCCAUCUGUGUUUUUGUCAGAGCCCCCAGACCCCAUUGUCAGAAACAGCGAUUUAACAACACUGAAGACAGGAGCUGCUGGUCUACCGCUGCCUCAAUUAGUUAGAUUGUGUGAGUUAAUUGAGUCUGAAUGAACACUUUUAAACACCAAAGACACACAAUAACAAACAAACAGACUAACCGAUCAAGGCAGCAGUAGACCAGCAGCUCCUGUUUUCAGUGUUGUUAAAUCACUGUUUUUCUCAAUGGAGUCUGGCUCUGAAGAGAGCAAUACAACAGUUUCAGUUACCCGUUGGAAAUCGGUGUCUGGCGUCAAGGUAGAUCAGUGAAAGUAUUCUAAAUACAGUGUACUUUUCAAAUGAUAGACUGCGGCCCCGUCCACAACAGUUCAUCGCUUAGCUUUCAUUUGGACUCCAGCUGCUUCACAAAAAUGGGAGCAUGCCAACAGACAUCUGCUGUUUGUAAUACACUGACUAUGGUUAUGUAUAUUUGAACUGUCCCUUUAAAUGUACUGGUAAGCGUAUUUUCUUACCUUUUCAAACAGAGCCAGGCUAACAGGAGCUUAAUGCUUAAUGCACAGAGUGGUAUCCUUAUUUUUAUCUGACUGUUAACAGGAGGGCAACAAAGUAUAUUUCACAAAAUACUAACCUACUUCUUUAAGGCUUCGGGGUGGAUUUAGGUGACGUGUUGAAACUGUUAACAUGAGGAUAACAUAUCUGCAUCACAAAACUCUUGUUAUUUCCCACUUCAGCUGAACUCCACUGGCUUUUCUGUCAAAUUCUCCUCACAGGCAGUUUGUGUUUUCCUCACUUUGUGGUGUCUCUGGAAAGCAACAGGUGCUUAAUUACGUGUCUCUACCAGGUGAGAAUUUGCUGCUUGUUUGUUUUAUACUGGAUACCGUUUGGUGUUGGACUUGGGGCAUAAUCUAUGACGUCACCUGGGCCUUUGAAACAUUCACUAUUCCUUGACACUUUAUAGAUUAAACAAUAAAUUUAUUGGAUGAAAAAAACAAUGUUUAAUCAGCCUACUUGUCGAGCCGAAGGUCCUUCCUGUCAGCGGUACUCCACUUGUAGGUCAGGAGAAGAUUUAUAGACUCGAGGCCUUUGCACACUGAGUCCGUUUUUUUGUCUGAAAUUGUCGAACAUCUAAAAAUAAAUACGACUGUCUGACGUUUGCACACUGAGUCCGAAACUUUUCCAUCAUUAAGAUUUUCGGAAAGGUUUGAUUUUCUGCUUUUCUCACAUCCGUCAGAGCCUUUAGAGACGUUUGACCAAGAAUCAGUGAAGAAAAUGUGGUGAUGGGACACAGAAUAAUUACAUAACUCAGCUCAUGUUCAACAGGCCAUAUAGUAAUAUUCAGGUGGAUGAUGAUGAUGAAGAGGAGGAGGCUGUGGACCGCACACAGAAUGUGGAGGACAGCUCCGCCCCUUCAUGCAGCUGCGGUGCCAAAUGGAAAACAGGGAGGGAGUGGUGACAGCCAGAUAGGUAACUCCAGUGGAGAGAGGCAAAGGAGGAAAUGUGUCUUUUCAUUUUGUCACGUUCUGCGAAUUUUCACAACGAAUAGAAAAAUUAAACACAUCUGAAUCAGUGUGCAAGGUUUCUGUGCGUAAUGACACAAUAUUCUUCCACUUAACUGAUGUAUUUGCUUCUACGUUGCCCUGUAAUGUUAAAUUUUGUCUCGUCAAAUGCCAGCAAGUUUUCGGCUGCUAUGCUUCCUCUGAUAUUCUCUCUGGUUGACGAGAAGGUGUCACUUUGUUUGAAGGGUACAUAAGCCGUUCUCACCCCUGCGGGAUGACGGAAAGUAGAAACAGCUGAUUUUAUUCUCUCCUUGCUGAUGGAGCUUACUCAUUAGUUUGUGCCCGUUUGUUGAAAUGUUUAUUUGCACGGUUAGCGCUUCUUUACUUGGUGUUUCCACAACACACAAGUCGUUUGAUUUCACUUGGACUACCUGAUUGGACAGUUUACCUCAUCAGGGUAACUGCAAAUCUUUGAAAACAUUCCUAACCUUUCAG